AUGGAAGCGACUCAGUACUUACGAAUAGCUGUAGUACUUCUCAGUCUAAUUAUAUUUUCUAGACUUAGUUUUAGAGCUUCAAAAUCAAAAGGAGUCAGCAUUAAGCUCAUCCCAAUAGACUCUCGUGAGUCCCCUUUAUAUCAACCUAACCUUACUCACCACGAAAGAGUUGAAAGAAGGGUUAAUAUCACCCUGGCCAAAGCUAAACUAAUGACAUUUGGUGAUGACAAGCUUCUGACUGCUCCAGACCGUCAAUAUAUAUUCUAUAUUGCGUAUAUGAUGAUUGGACACCCAGUGCAUUCUGUGUAUUUAGUGGUGGACACUGGUAGUGGCUUGAGUUGGACACAAUGUGAACCUUGCAUAAAUUGUUUCCAGCAAAAUUAUGCCAUAUACAAUUCACAAGCUUCCUCUUCUUACCAUAGAGUUAAUUGUGAUCACCCUCUUUGUAACUACAAUGAACCAUCCAGCGUUUUCCAAUGUGUUAAUGGCGAUUGCGUCUACAGUCAAACAUAUGGUGAUGCUCCAAGUCCUUCUAGGCCAACAAAAGGUUAUCUCUCCUCGGAAUCAUUUCAUUUUAUAUAUAGAAACUUUGAAGUCGAAGAAUUUACUGUUCUCUUCGGCUGCUCGAAUGACAACGUAAAUUUCUACUUCGGUAAUCAACCAUCCAAUAAGAUUUCAGGGAUCUUGGGAUUAGACUUAGAUCCUACCUCACUAGUGAGCCAAUUGCAUGAAACCAUUGGUGGUGUUUUCUCUUAUUGUAUUGUUCCUUAUGAUCAAAAUUAUCCAUUCGAUGUUCAUCCUCAUAUACUCAGGUUUGGGGAUGAUGCUCAAUUACCUGAAGGAAACAUUCCAACAACGCCCUUUAUAAGUUUUGUACGCAGAAGUCUUUAUUAUCUUGAUCUUAUAGAUAUAAGUGUUGGAAAUUAUCGCUUAUAUUUACCACCAGGUUCCUUCGACGCCACACUUGGUCAUGGUUUCAUCAUAGAUUCAUGA